UAACCAACCCAGUCUUUCAGGCUUCCGCGGUCGUAGUGUAAUGUACCUACUUUCAUAAAAUUUGAAUAAGCAAUUGUUUCGAAAUUUUAUCAUUUACUUGGUAAACCACCUACAGUAUUUUUAUUAAAAAAACAAAUCGGAAAAUACCGUUAGCAAAAGGAAAGGAAACGUUUAUUAAGUGUUUAAUAUUAGAAGUAGUUUUCUAGCUCGUCACAAUUUGUGAACUAUACUGUACUUUACGAAUGUUUAAUAUUUAUCUACAUCUAAUUAUAAAAGCAGCAGAAAAUCGUUUGUUGCUGUAUGUUGAUGAUAGGCUGUGAGAUAUGGCAAAUCCCACAAAGUGAAAACACAUUAACAAACAUUAAUGUUUACUUUUAAAGCAAUUGCUACAGAAUACGAUUACUUGCUACGUGUCUAUCGUACUGUGUGUGUGGUUUGCAUUGAACUACUUAUCAAGUUGUGAGUGGAAAUUAGGAAAAUAAAAAUGCAGCAAGGUCCAGGUUAUCGAUCUCCGUUAGAUGCUAUGAAAGGUCCUAGAGAAGAGCUUCUUUACGUCAUUUGCAUUCAGACGAAUCCUAAUCCCACGAAAAGUGACCUUUUAGCCACCGUGGAUGUUAAUCCAUCAUCCCCAACUUAUAGCAAAAUAAUCCACAAAACGUAUACGGAAAGACUACAUGAUGAACUGCAUCAUAGUGGUUGGAAUGUAUGUUCCAGUUGUUACAAGGUCAAGGAAUGCUGUCCGGUACCCGUAAGAAACAGACUAGUUAUGCCCAGUUUAGGGUCAAAUAGGGUAUACAUUGUAGAUACAGAAACUGACCCAAGAAAACCGAAAAUUCAUAAGGUAAUUGAAGCUUCAGAAAUCGAUGCUUUGAACUGUUCUGCUCUCCACACUUCCCACUGUUUGCCUAGUGGAGAGGUAAUGAUUUCUGCAAUGGGGGAUGCGAAUGGGAAUGGAAAAUGCGACUUUGUACUUAUUGAUGCGUGCACAUUAAAACCAAAAGGAACUUGGAUUCAAGGGAAUAAGCGCCCACAGUUUAACUACGAUUUCUGGUAUCAACCGUACCAUGACAUUCUUGUAUCGACCGAAUGGGGUAUACCGAACGUUUUCAAGAAAGGGAUGAAGCCAGGAGAUGCAGACAAUUAUGGGAAAUCGUUAAACUUUUUCUCAUAUAAAGACAGGGAACUACUCCAGUCGAUUGAUCUCGGAAAGGAAGGCACAGCUCCUUUAGAAAUUAGAUUUCUCCAUAAUCCGAAAGCAAGUGAGGGUUUCGUCGGGUGUGCGGUAUAUUCAAAGGUUUUUAGAUUCUACUUGGCAGGUGAUGGUAAAUGGAAAGCCGAAAAAGUGAUAGAUAUUCCACCAAAGAAAACAUCCAAUGGGGAAUUUAUUCAUGGUUUAACAAGUGAUAUUCUCAUUUCUUUGGACGACAGAUUCCUGUACAUAAAUAACUGGAUUCAUGGAGAUAUAAGACAGUACGAUAUUACAGAUACUAAAAAUCCUAGACUAGUAGGUCAACUAUUUCUGGGAGGGAAACUCACAAAGGACGCAAAAGACAAAGUCGUAGAAGAUCCAGAAGGAAAAGCUCCCGUUGAUCCUGUAUAUGUGAAGGGAAGGAGGCUCCUUGGUGGACCACAAAUGAUGCAGUUGUCCCUUGAUGGAAAACGACUUUACGUGUCAUCUGGUUUAUUUUCUCCUUGGGACAGACAGUUUUAUCCAGAAACUAUAAAGACUGGAAGUUUUCUCGUUAAAGUUGAUGUCAAUACAGUUACAGGAGGAUUGAAAUUGGAUGAUGACUUUCUAGUCGAUUUUGGAGAAGACCCUUCGGAACCUCUCUAUGCUCAUGAAAUUAGAUAUCCAGGAGGAGAUUGUACCUCCGACAUCUGGCUUGCAGAUGACUGAUUUUUUUUAAAUGUUCUAUUUACUUAUUUUACAUAAAUCUUAUAAUAAUCGCCUAUAUUUUGUAACAUUUUACAACAAAAUAAAAAUGUUAAAUUUUUA